CUGUUGCAGCGCCAGUUCACACUUCAGUUCAACCGAUGCGGCGCAUCCACGGCAGCCUCGCGUCAGCACGUCAGAGCGACAGAGAGGAAAACGAGCUCUCCAUGCAGGCAGCACCGCCGGUCACAUCUGAAACUUGUCCCACUGUGCAUGACAGCUGAUUUCAAAGCAUGGAUUUAGACGCGGAUUGUUGUCAUUUUGGAUGACGCUCGUGCAACUUUACAUUAAAUCUCGGUUUUGCUGCAGACAGCCCCGCCUUGUGACACCUUGCGAACCGACACCGGCUUUCUCCCUCAUCCCACUUUUGUUCAUUUAUUGACGGAUAAUACAAUGGUGCGUCCGUGUCUUGCGCGCCGGGCUCUGGGCUGAGCGCGGAACAUGGAUAGAUAGCGCGUUUCUCUCUCUGCGUUUCUCAGUGUAAUCAGCGCCUUUCUCAAUGGACGAGGAAAUAGACACCCGCAAGAUCAACAACAGCUUCCUCCGAGACCACAACUAUGCAACUGAAGCUGACAUCAUAUCCACGGUUGAGUUCAACUCGACAGGAGAACUCCUGGCCACUGGGGACAAAGGUGGACGAGUGGUGGUCUUCCAGAGGGAACAGGAGAGUAAGAACCAGCCUCAUCGUCGGGGGGAGUACAAUGUUUACAGCACCUUUCAGAGCCACGAGCCCGAGUUUGACUACUUGAAAAGCCUGGAGAUUGAGGAGAAGAUCAACAAAAUCCGCUGGCUGCCGCAACAGAAUGCCGCCUAUUUCCUCCUGUCCACCAACGAUAAAACUGUGAAGCUAUGGAAAAUCAGCGAGCGAGACAAACGACCAGAGGGCUACAAUCUGAAGGAUGAAGAAGGCAGGAUACGGGACCCAACCACCAUCACAACUCUGAGGGUGCCCGUGUUGAGGCCCAUGGACUUGAUGGUGGAGGCAACACCACGUCGCAUUUUCUCUAAUGCUCACACCUAUCACAUUAACUCCAUCUCGGUCAACAGUGACUAUGAGACAUACAUGUCCACGGAUGACCUGAGGAUCAACCUAUGGAACUUGGAGAUUACAAACCGAAGCUUUAAUAUUGUGGACAUAAAGCCAGCCAACAUGGAAGAAUUGACCGAGGUGAUCACAGCGGCUGAGUUUCACCCUAACCAGUGCAACACGUUUGUCUACAGUAGCAGCAAGGGCUCCAUAAGAUUGUGUGACAUGAGAACAUCUGCACUUUGUGACAACCACUCUAAAUUAUUUGAGGAACCAGAAGACCCCAGUAAUCACUCCUUCUUCUCAGAGAUCAUCUCUUCCAUCUCAGAUGUGAAAUUCAGCCACAAUGGACGCUACUUGAUGACCCGUGACUACCUCACAGUGAAGGUGUGGGACAUCAACAUGGAGAGCAAGCCUUUGGAAACUUACCAGGUCCAUGACUACCUUAGGAGUAAGCUAUGCUCACUGUACGAGAAUGACUGCAUCUUUGACAAGUUUGAAUGUGUCUGGAAUGGAACUGACAGUGUCCUAAUGACAGGCUCCUACAACAAUUUCUUCCGUAUGUUCGAUCGGAACACUAAGCGCGACGUGACUCUGGAGGCCUCGCGGGAAAACAGCAAACCUAGAGCCAUUCUCAAGCCACGCAAAGUUUGUGUUGGUGGCAAGCGUCGGAAAGAUGAAAUCAGUGUGGACAGUCUGGACUUCAGUAAGAAGAUCCUACACACUGCAUGGCACCCCAACGAGAACAUCAUUGCUGUGGCCGCCACCAACAACCUCUAUAUAUUUCAGGACAAGGUCAACUAGCAUGCAGCUCUAAUGUCUCCAGUUAUCACAACGACAAGAGGCAUUAUUUCUCUAGAUGAACUGGGGGUGGAAAGGUUGGACUCACUAGCAGUGAACUUGUGAGGAACAUCUAGAUGAGCUUUGCCUUCUACAGCAGAUUUGAUACUGCACUGAAUCUGACAAAACUUGAAGGUGCACUGCAAACUACGGACAAUGACACUGGCUGUUGGACUGCUUUUGUUUUUAAUUACUUCAAAUCUCCCUAGCUAUAGGUUUGUUGGUAAUGCACAGCAAUACAAAGUGGAUCCUUUUACCUUUAGGGUGCUUUCACACCUAGCCCGUUGUUUCGGAACCUGGCGC